UCUAUGUAUAAAGUCGAGAACAGUGAAUCGCGCGAAGCUCAAACUCAAACCAUAAAGUUACGAAGACUCACUCGCACGCCGCGCAAAUUGAUUUAGUUUGUUUUUCCGAUCGGAACUACUUUUUCUUAUUUUCCACUGACUGAGAAAAUCACGUUGGGUGUUGUCAGACGAACGACACCUUUUAGAAAAAAAAUCGUCGUUGGAUUCGCGCCAGCGAUACUUUGUGCGAUUGGCCUGUGCACUUUCGUUUGGAACUUUGGAGAACUUCUUCGUCCAGUGUGAAGAAAGGAGGUGAAAGGGUGGUACAAGGGAGCUGACUUGGAACAAAUUAAAAUGGCACACUUCAGGCUAUUUUUUAUCGUCUUCGUCGCUACCUGCUGGUAUGCUUCAAUGAUUGACACCGCUGUCCUCAGAUCUGAGAACUUCCCGGAACGCCUGCAAAAAGUGAUGGAGGAAGGAUCAAAAAGGUUAAGGAUUCGGAGAGACAGCGAACCCAGCGAAACUAAUACGAACAGUGAACCAAGAAUUUGCUAUAGUACACCAUGUGGAUGGGCAGUUUACGUUCCAUUCACUCGCCGUGUCGAAUAUUUCAUGAAAAAUACGUGUGAAUGUUAUGACGAAUCUUACAAAUGCGUUCGUACUGAUGAUGAUUUGUCUGUCAGUGCGUAUGUUUACAAGUGUCGCCAAAAUACAACUUCGGAAGACAUCGAAUCUCCGGAUGAUGCCAAUUAGACACAAAAACUCUCCUCGGUCCCAAGAAACAGAUUUCUUUUCUGUCCGUUCGGCCGAAGAAGCAGCGAAAAAAAAAUCUAGCAGAACUCAAUAGCCAUUGGUCUCGAUCAUCCAAACUCUACAGUAAACUUAAAAAAAAAAUCUCUCAAGCGAUAUGAAAUCUUUGCUUAAAGAAGAAUUUUCAACUCAAAAUUAUAAAUCUCUAAAUCUAUGACUUUCCCUCAUUUUGAAAUCUUACUCAUUCUAAUCGUCAAACAAUGUUUCAAUUUAGCCUCUACUACGAAUUUUCUUACAUUCUCGCAUGACACACGACGUCUAAUGUAAAGGACGUCGCAAGAAAGUAGCUAAUGGUUUCAAAAAGUCGCUUUCAAAAGAAAAAAAAUGUGUUUAACUGUUGUUUUUUUUUCAAUAAUCGCUGCUCUUAAUGACAGUUUCCAAAAAAUUGGUUACUUAACUUUUUAUACGUAUUAGUAUAGACUCCCAUAGAAUUAAAAACCCUCUCACUUGAAGCUUUUUUUUAACAUUAGCGGGUGUAAAUAUUGUUCCAUGGCAGAGAUUUGGCAGCGAUUCAGUUUCCACUCUCUAUUUAGUAUCGCAUUCAAAUACAGACGAAUUGCAGUCGGAAAUAAUCGCGUCUCCGAAUUUUCAUCUGGCAACUUCUUUUCUUACGCUUUCAUAUAGUUUUGAAAAAAAUUCAAUUCUACUCUUUUCCCGUCAAACUUCAAUUCGAUUUUGACAAGGAAGUGGCCGUUUUUUUCAAUUCAUAAUUUUUUAAAUUAAGGUCAUCACCCCAAAAUAAAAUUGUAAAAUUUCCAGCACUCAAAAUUUGAUUGGUUUCGAAACUGGCCGCAAUAUUGGAUCCUAGGAAUUUCCAAAUUUUCCUUUGGGCUCGUGACCUUUACUUAGAAAAAUUAUUAAUCUAAAGAAAGUACAUAAAACUCCACUUAUAAGAUUUAAAUUCGGAGACUAGGUUGCCAAAUAGGAUUUGGUUGUUGAAUGAAGAGCGACUGAGGACCAAUAAAAGGGGAAAAUCCCCAUUGGUGAGUAGCGAGUCUUGAAUUUAUGUGCCACACAAGCUUAGUCUUUAAGUAGGUUUUAUCGUUGUAAAUUGCUCACGUAUUUUAUCAUAGACACUUAUUGGACAUGAAAAAAUUUCCAUUCAAUACUGAUUUGAUAAUUAAUCAGAAACGACUUACUUCAAUUCUUGACUUUACCUAGAGAGUAAAAACAGACUAUUUUUCAAGAUUUCUGACACUGGAACGCAAAAGAAAUUUCGAUUUCUGAAUACUUAUAUAUUUAAUUUCAAAACACAGUCCUUAGGCUUAGAAAAGUAGAGGUAGUAGUUAGGUAUGUGUAGUUAAUUAAUUGUAACUUUCCUCAAAGUACAAGGGGAUUUAUCGCAAAAUCACUAUUUAACGUAGGUGCGAUUUUAUUAAUAAACUUUAUUUAUUUUUGGAAAAAAAUUCACUAACGUUGCAAAACACGGGACUUCUACAUUUCCUCCUUCUUAUCCAAAAUCUAGAUCAGCGAGUUUGAACAAAAUUAUUUAUCAGCUUCUUUAAACUCGACUCUGAAAAAAAUGCAAAUCAAACUUAUUGACCUUUUCUUUUUUUUUGCGACGUCACGGGUGUGAAAAAUAUUGAACUCGAUUGAAUGCAAGCCAUCAUUUGUCUCCUAAAUUAAAGCCAUGACGUACGAAACACUUAACUCUUAAUAAUUCUCCUCUCGAAAAACUGAGAGCAAAUUGAUUAUUCAAAUAUUUGUCUUGUUUUAAUAUUAACUAACGAAAGCAUAUCUAAAUUGUCGAUUAUUAUUUUCAUUUUAAUCAUUUAAGUAGAAAUUGAUUUGGGAAUAAUUUCUCUCGUUGAAAGAAGAAGGGAAAAAGUCGACGUCUCGAUGUUGCGUGGAAAAAAUUUGUCCGUAAAAAUUUUAAUUCCAUAUAAAUUUUCCAUGGAAAUAAGAUUCAAUAUUUCAUCUUCUUUCUCGUAUCCGAGAUCCAGCUACAAGUUCGUGACUUUUUUACAGACAAAUUUUUUCCGCGUUGUGCAGUAACGACCAGAAUUUUCAGUCUACUAAAAAAAUCAUAUUUAAAAAAUUCCUCUUUUUUUCAUGGUUAUUUCAAAAAAAAAAUAAUAAGAUUUAGAGAGGUAGCAAAAACUCAAAAAUUUAAACUUCGCUGAUUAAAGUUGAGAAUCGAAAAUUGUUGAAAACGAAUGCACAAUGUUCAUGUGCUUUGACCAAUUUUAGAUUACACAUGCUAUCUCAGCCCAUGUUUGUCUACCUAUUUUUAAAUAGGGCUAAAUCGACGCAAAAUUUAAUCAGCCUUCUAACUGUUUUUUUUUUCAACCAUCCCAACU